UCCAGAGAAGCUAAAGGCAGUCGGGCUCGGGGAUGUCGGUGAGCUGCGGUAGCCAAGACGCUCUUCACUCUAGAAUUCUAAGACCCCCUGGGGCCACGGUAGAACCUGGGGCGCCCCUCGAGUAGCCACGGACCCUUUCCGUGCAGAACCGUGGGGCUGCGGACAGGUGCAGAGCCCCGCCUCGCCGGGAGCGUCUGUGACCCCAGGACCCGCUUGAGCGCUGCGCCCUCGCGGCCAUCCCCGUGGGUUCCGCAGGGAAGGUGCUCGCUGGCUGGCACCAUGAUCGUUGCCGACGCGGAGAACUGCGCCGGAAUCCAGGGCUAUAUUGCCUACGCCAAGUGCAGCGGCGCUGGGGCCGCGGAGGAGCAGAAGGUAGUCCCUACUCGGAGGCUCCCCCGGGGUCCCAGUGCCUUCAUCCCAGUGGAAGAGAUCCUGCAGCAAGGGCCAGAGGCCUUUGAGCAUCAGCUGGGUCUGGAGGUUUUGGCCUCUGGACGGCCAGACAAUGUCAUGCUGGUGAUGGGUCUGCACCCCGACUACCUCAACAGCUUCUGGAAGAUGCAGGGCCUGCUGCUGCGAGUGGACGGACCCCUGCCCUGCCCCUGGAGGCACUACAUUGCCAUCAUGGCCUCCGCUCGGCAUCAAUGCUCCUACCUGAUCAGCUUCCACAUGACUGAGUUCCUGCAGGUGGGCGGAGACCCUGAGUGGCUCCUUGGUAUCCACCGGGUCCCCCAGAAACUCCGCAACCUCAACGAGAUCAACAAGCUGCUGGCCCAUCGACCUUGGCUCGUCACCAAGGAGCACAUUGAGGCUCUUCUGACCACUGGCGAGCACAGCUGGUCCCUGGCUGAGCUCAUCCAGGCAGUAGUCUUGCUCACCCAUUAUCACUCCCUGGCAUCUUUUGUUUUUGGCUGUGGCAUCCUCCCUGAGGGGGAUCCAGAGGGCAACCCUGCCCUCCAGGUUCCCUUACCAUCCAGUGGGCAGAGCAGUCCUCCCAACGGAGACCCCCUUGGCAGUUCUGGGGGCUUUGAUGCUGUUCGGGAAGUUGAGGCCUUGAUGGAGCGGAUGAAGAUCCUGCAGGAAUGCCAGCUACAAGAAGAGGCUGCCUCCCAAGAGGAGAUGGAGAGCCGCUUUGAGCUGGAGAAGUCUGAGAGCCUGCUGGUGGCCCCCACAAGUGACAUCCUAGAACUUACUCCAUCCCCUGAUGUCUUGUGCUUUGUGGAAGAUCCCACUUUUGGGUAUGAGGACUUUACGCGGCGAGGCACCCAGACCCCUCCAACCUUCCGAGCCCAGGACUACACCUGGGAAGACCAUGGCUACUCCCUGAUUCAGCGACUCUACCCAGAGGGAGGGCAGCUACUGGAUGAGAAGUUCCAGGUGGUGUACACCCUCACCUACAAUACCAUUGCCAUGCACAGCGGUGUGGACACUUCUAUGCUCCGCAGGGCCAUCUGGAACUACAUCCAUUGUGUCUUUGGCAUCAGGUAUGAUGACUAUGAUUAUGGGGAGGUGAACCAGCUCUUGGAGAGGAGCCUCAAGGUCUAUAUCAAAACUGUCGCCUGUUAUCCAGAGAAGACAACCAAGAGGAUGUACAGUCACUUUUGGAGGCACUUCCGGCAUUCUGAGAAGGUCCAUGUGAAUCUGCUACUGCUAGAGGCCCGGAUGCAAGCAGCCCUCCUCUACGCCCUCCGCGCCAUUACUCGCUACAUGACCUGAUGGUGGGCGUCAUGGCCCUCCCAGCUCCGGACUGGACGCUACUUUUGCUGGGGGGCCCGCUUCCUUUCUAACCUACAGACUAUUGGUCUCUGCCCGUAUCACAUUCCCUCUCUGUCCCACUGGCUGCAAUCUGGUCUUGUCUGUGAAACCUUGGAAAUCAAGUGCCUCUGGGCCCCCCUACUCUUCUCCAUCCCUUUCCCCCACCCCAGUGGAACCAAAAGGACCUCUCUGUCUGCUCUGGGACCAUCCAGGCCAUGUUCUCAUCCUUUCUUCCCUCCCUCCACCUUGGAAACACAUGACUUCCUCCAUCACCAAGGUCAAGGAGAAGAAGUCACUACAAAGAGGACUUUUCUAAGCCGCAGCUUCCUGAGAGAGCCCACCCCCACUUUGGCCCUGCCUCUCUUACCUGCCACGGGAAGGUGUGUACUGGGUUCAAUGGACUAGGGCUCCUGGAUGAAGAGGAAACAUCACAACCUGGGGUAGCACCUGCUCGAAACUGGGCUGACACUCCAUGGCAUUGGGGGAGCAGGGGCACUGCCAAGGCCCCUGCCCCCUAAGCCUAUUCUUCUAGCCCUGUUACCCUAAGAAACUUGGGCAGUCAGAGGGAUUAUACGUGGGUCCCUGGAUCUGUUUUCAUGAUUCCCCUUCCCCCUACCUUGUUUCCCUUCCCCCACUGCUGGCAGUGGGGAUCCCCAGAAGAGAUCAAGGCAGGAGGGGGGGAAUAGGAAGAAGAUUGAUGGGGAAAUUUGCUUAUUUGAGAGGAGGGAGGGAGUGGAUGCUCUUUCCUUUUUUUCCCUGAGACCUGGACGGGGAGGGAUGUGAAGAAAGUCUCCUUCAGGAUUGGCUUCAUCCAUCCCUACUUGACCCGUGCCUAAGGAAACUGGACUUUUAAUAGGAUAUGUUCUACCCAGAGCAGCCAGGCUCUGCCAAAAUCAGCACCUUGACCUCCUGCCUCCCCCCUUCCCUCCCCUGCCCUUGUGUUUACUAAAAGGACGGGUUUGGGGAAUAAAGUUGACAGCACAGUAAAAGUGUUGGAUUGGGGGUAGUUGGGAAAUCUUGAGUUCCCUGGCCCCACUUUGCCACUGACUGGUUAGCUGUGUAACUUUAGGCUUAGGCCAUGGCCCUCCCUGAGUAUCAGUUUCCUCAUCUACCAAAUGGGAACCCUUUUGGUUCCAGAAUUUAUAAUCGAUCUAUACUGUUUCCAAAGCAAGCCCAGAGGUCUUUAGGACCCUAAAUUCACCCUUCCUUAGCCAAGGAGGAGAGGAACCUGUAUGUAUCCCUUUGGACCCCUGCCCCCCACCCCACUCCACACCCCUGUGCCCUGGGGUCCAGGCACCCCCAGAAGGGCCAGAGCCAUUCUACAUUGCACUUUCUCUGAUAUGAAAACUGUGAAUUGUUUGCCAUCUUUCCCCAGUCCUUGUGCUCUGUCUCUUACUCCUGGACACUUGGGAGGUGUCAGAAGUUGCCAUCCUUCAUAAAUAAAGCUGCUGUUCCUGCUCCACUCCCUCUGCAUCCCUCCCCCAACCCAUCAGCAGGACUCCUCAUCCAUGCUGAGGGUCUCGCGAGGGGGAAGGAAAUGAGCGGGGAGAUGUGGGCCAGAUGCGCCACUCUCAUCAUGCAGGUCAUGGUGAAAUAAAUGGCUGGUAUGUGGAGGCUGGGCGGGGCUGUAGACCGCCUGGCCCCAAGCCAGGACCCCAAAGAUGUGUACUGUCCCUAUGAAUUUCACAAAGGGAAAAAGCUGGGGAGGAAAACAGUGUUUCAAUGCAGAAAUAUUUGUUACUUUGCUACAUACUCCAUAUUGACAAAUAAAACAUUCACUGGG